GCCGAUCAUCAUGGUGACUUGACUGAUAGGCUAUACUUCGAGGUCAGGCCAAUUCAUUGUGUGUUGUCCACUGUCAGGCCUGUCAUUUAUUAUUAGCUAUCUAUUCCUAUUCUAAAUUCUCCUUUUCUACCGAUUCAUCCCUCAUCGGUUAUUCUCUCCUUCAACAUUCUAUCUAUCACAACUUCUUAUCGCUCUAUCAACAAAGAGACCAUCAUGGCUGAAGAGGCAACCCGGCCUCUGCUGAACGAGAGUGCCAAGCCCUCUUCACGUCCCUCGUCACCGGUUGAUAAAAGACAAUCUUCCGAGUCGAGUUCUGCCGCUCCGCCAUUCGAAUUAUCUUCCGAAUCCACCCCUCUAUUACCCAACCGUGAAGAUGACUUGACGAUAUACGGGGGCGUUGUGCCCAGGCGACCUUCAUCAACCUCCCAAGACUCUCUCCCCGAUCAUGGACCAAAGAAACCGCGAGGCAGAGUACGAUGGCCUAUCUUCUGCGUCUUGUUAUCCCUGAUUGCGAUCGUAUCAAUCUUAAUAUUCACCUUCGUUGCGCCGGCUGUAGUGAAGCAAUAUGUACUGGAUGCAACCGUAUUCAACCCAACCAAUGUAUCAGUGGAGUCGGCUACUGCGGAUGGCAUUCAGACAAGGAUACAAGGGGACCUCGUACUUGAUGCAGGCCGUAUAAGAAAAGCGCCAGUGCGGAAUCUUGGUCGCUUUGUCACCUGGAUUGGUAAGGAAAUCGAGACAGGUGAAUCGGAGGUCCAGGUGUAUCUCCCGGAGUACGGCAAUGUUCUCGUCGGGACAGCAUCCCUACCUUCUAUCAAGGCCAACAUUCAGAAUGGCCAUAUCAAUCAUAUCGACUUCUUGGCGGAACUAGUCGCUGGCGACAUUCCCAGUAUCCGCGCGGUAGCAGUUGAUUGGUUGGAAGGGAAGCUUGGUCGUCUGCAAGUCAAGGGAAAGGCAACAGUUCCCCUGAAGUCUGGUAUUCUGAGUCUGGGUGAACAGACGAUAGCUGAUUCUGUAACCUUUCAUGAGGGGGAUUUUCCGGCUCUCCCUAAAGUCAAUGUUACGAAGUUCAAUGUGCAUGAUGCAGAUCCUCCUGGAUACGAUGGGGCUAUGGCAGUGGACGCCUCAGUCGCUGCGUUUCUUGAUUCGCCUUUUGGUCUGAGAAUCCCCCCUCUCGGAUUUGAGGUGCUAGUGCCAAACUGUUCGCCAGGUGAUCCCUAUAUCUCAGUAGCGGAUGUCAAAACAAAAGGAUUCCCAGUUUAUCCGGGGCAACACACAUCUGUCGAUAUUACUGGAAUUAUCCAGAGCCUUUCUGAUGAGUUAACGAAUGCUUGCCCUGGAAAGAGGAAAUCCCCCUUGGAUUUCUUAGUCAAGAGCUACAUGGAAGGCUCUCGGACUACAGUCUAUGUUCGUGGAGCCGAUGAUCCAUCUCUGGGGACACCUGAGUGGGUGGUAGACAUUCUGAAAAGCGUAACGGUGCCCUUAGCCUUUACAGGACAUGCCUUGGACAAUCUUGUGAAAAACUUCACCAUGUCGGAUGUAAAUUUUGACAUGCCCAACCCUCUUGCAGAGCCCAAUUCGCCCGAGGCCCAACCCAGAGUAUCAGCCUUGGUGAAGGUGCUGAUUGGGCUGCCCAACCAGCUGAACCUUCAGCUGGAUGUUCCUCGUGUUCGCGCCGACGCUGACGUCCACUAUCAUGGGAAGAAGCUUGGUGUUCUGAAUUUACCAAAAUGGCAGUCAGCUAAUUCCACUCUUCUGAAAGACGUUGAUGGAGCGCCGGCUCUACUUAUUAACUUUUCUAUGAAGCAUGCGCCACUUCAAGUGACUGAUAGUGACGUUUUGACGGAUAUCCUUCAAGCAUUACUUUUUGAGGGGAGACCGGUAAGACUGACUGUUACCGCAAGUGUGGAUGCACAGGUUUCCACAGGACUGGGAACAUAUGCUAUUCGUGGGAUACCGGCCGAGGGUGCGGUGAACGUUAAACCUCCGUACGGUGGCUCGCUCGACCAGCUCAGUCCACGAGUUGAGUCGAUAGAACUGGGUCCUACAACUGAAUCUUCUCUUGUUAUGAAGGCAAGGAUAAACGUGACAAACCCUUCAGCGUACUCUGCAUCAGUGCCCUUUAUUGAUUUUAUUCUUGUCUAUAAUGAGACCAAGGUGGCUCAUGUAACUGCUCGAGAUCUCAUAAUAGUACCUGGGGUGAACUCCGGUAUUCAAGCCGACCUUGAAUGGAACCCGCGAGAGUUAAACGGCCAAGUUGGUGUAACUGCUGGUCAAGAGAUGCUCUCACGAUAUGUUUCUGGUUACAACACGUCUGUGACCAUCCGCAGUCACGAGGGAACAAUCCCAGCCAUACCAAAUCUUGGACAAGCUCUGUCCAAGCUAGGAUUUGAAGUUCAGAUCCCUAGGUUGCCUGUUCCUGGGGACCCUGAUGAUGAGGAUGGAAAACCUAGGUUCAUCCAAGACACAACGUUGCACCUUUUUUCAUCGACGGCUGAGUUCACAUUGUCCUCACCGUUCGCUAAUACAACCAUGUUGAUUACCUCGGUAGAAGCUAACGCCUUCUAUCAGAACGACAAGAAAGUUGGUAGUAUUAAUUACUAUGUCCCUUUCUCGGUGCCACCGGGUCUCUCAACGACCCCGAGGUUGCCCGUUGAGCUGAAGAUGCAUGGGAUAGGAUAUGAUGCUUUGAAGAGAGCCCUGGGUGGCUCCCUCAAACUGGAUGCCGUGGCAAAGGUUGGUGUUAAGAUUGAACGCUAUCGUACUACUUUAACAUACUACGGCCACGGAAUUACCGCAAGGGUGAAAUUUUAGGAUGCCAGUUUUUUGAGAGUGAUCGAUAUAGAAGCAUCCACUCUUUUUUUUUUUUUUUUUUUCUGAAAGAAAAGGCUUUUUG